AAGCGGCAGCCGCUCGUCGCCUUGGGAGGCGCACAUGUCAGACCCGUCCAGGGAGCCAGGACCGACCGGAGCUCCGCGGCACGGCGCCGGUCCUAAACACGGCGACGAUGAGACGGCGGCUGGCGCUCGUGGUCUGGAGCCUCAGCCUGAUGGCGGCGAGCAGCGGCUUCACAGGACAGCUGGACGCACACUGUGUGAACGACUACUGGUUCAACUUCUCGUGCGAGCUGAACGUCAGCGGCGACCCCGACGGGCAGCCGCAGCUCAAGAUCACCGACAGACACGGCCGGGAGGUGUUCUGCCCGCUGCGGCGCGUCCACCGCCGCUACGUCAGCGACUGCCGGGUGAAGAGCGGCGGCGCCACCAUCGGCAGCGCAGACGAGUACGAGGUGGAGGCGUGUGACGGAGCGGGCUGCCGGCUGGUGCUGCACGGCUUCCUGCCCCAGUACCACAUCCGGCCGAGGCCGCCGCCGGUUCUGCGGGUCCAACGUUCCGCCGACAGCGUCACCAUCAGCUGUGAGAGUCGCUACGACAACCACACCUACAUCUCCGACACCCUGGAGUACCAGGUCCUCCUGCAGGCCCCUGCCAGCCGGACCGCACAGCAGGUCCUCGUCAGCCCGGUUCCGAACACCCAGGUUCUGGUGGAACCUCACUCCGGGUUCUGCGCCAAGGCCCGGUACCGGUGCGUCCGGUCCGACAUCCUGGCCGAGUGGAGCGAGUGGAGCGACGCCACCUGCUGGACGGACGGAGCGGAAGACGGGGAGAGCGUCCUGCUGGUUCUGGUCCAGGUUCUGGUCCCGGUGUGUGUUGUCGCUGCGGCGGCGCUGGUCGUCGUCAACAUUCCUGCUGCCAGGCUGAAGAUCCAGACCCUUUACCGGACCCCGUCCCCGGCCCAGUUCCUCCAGAAGGUCCACGUCCAGGAUUGGCUCUCGCCUCCAGGGAAGUGUGUGUUCACACAGCAGGGGGAGGAGGUCUUCACCAGGGUGUCUGUGGUUCCUAAAGCGGUCUGGAAGGACCCGGAUCAGACCCUGGACCUCCUCCUGACUCCACUGACCAAGCUGAGUCCGGCUCAGGGUCAGACCGCCUACGUGGGGAUCCCCGGGACGGACCAGUUCAACGUUCCCGCGGCUCUACUCAGUCCGGGACUCGACGGGACCGACGAGGUCCCCCCUCUGGAGGAGGACUUCCUAGAAACCAGCUGUGAAGAAAUCCUGAGUGAAGGACCCGGGUCCAGUCCACCUCCUCAGACCUGCUGCAGCCAUUACUGCGUCCUCAACAAGACGGACCGAGGACUGGUCCCGGUCUUACUGUCCACAGAGACCGGCACCAAGGCCACCGAGACCAUCGAGGCAACCGAGACCAUCGAGACCAUCGAGGCCACCGAGACCAUCGAGGCCACCGAGACCAUCGAGGCCACCGAGACCACCGAGACCACCGAGACCACCGAGACCACCUAGAUGACUGGGACCAGAGAGACCAGUUAGACCAGGAAAACCAGCCUGCAGGAGGAUGAAAGAUUCAUCUGAAGUCUGAAAUCAAGACUGGAACCAGUUUAAAACCAGGUUUUAAAUCAAGACCAUAGCGAGUCUCAAAUCCUUCAGAAUCGAGUCUAAAGUCUGAAACCAAAUCACACGAAGUUCCAAACCUGAAAACCUGAACCCGUCUGAACCUGCAGUUUAAAGGAAUCAUAUUAUGCAAGCUUCACUUUAAAGGAGUCUCUGCAGGCGCCUCAGUGAGCCCAGCAGGGAAACACUCCGUCACCUCCCUCAACUGCGCACUCCACUUUUAAGGAAAUACACACUCAAACAAAAUUCUGAAAUCUUACUUUUGUCUACGCCAACAAGAGGAACAACCACUCCCCCCCGGGAGAGGAUCCAGCCUUUGGGGGCCCGGAUGGGUGGCUGUAGCAGUGUUGUUGCCGUAGAAUCAUUAAGACGUUCAGAUUUGAAAACUGUCUUUUUCCUCCUUGUCUCACCACACCACAUUUUUGAAAAUGAAACUGAAACUUAAGCUGAACCAGCGGAGGGGACGUGCCUCUGACUGUGCCCCCCACAGACAGAAUGAAGAGUCGACCCCGCUCGGGAGAAAUACGGCCGCCAUCUUGGUCCGGUGGAGCGGCGCAGACGCUCCGGUCCUGGGCGGGAUUCAGCCGGAGCUCUGUGUGGGACGGCAGCGAGCAGCGCUCCACCAACAACAAGGUUGUUUUUUUUAACAUCACACCUGACUGCAGAGGCGUCUGCAUCCAGCUCGCUUAUUCACAAUUAUAGAAACUUUUAGGAACAGAUUUGCAUUAACUUAAAAAUGAGAAUCGAGAGGUUCUGAGAAACUUUAAGGAAUAAAAUAAAAAGAAAAAGGAAGAAGGUGAGCUCUUUUUAAGAUUAUUUUGUGUUGAUCUCCUGUUUCAUUUAGCAGAUUUCCUAAAGACAGAAACGUGAGGAAGAAGUGGGAGAUCGCUCUGAGGAGGGAGAAAUUCCCAGCGAGAGACUCGUGUGCUUUAUAGUGAGACGUUAGAGAGCAGGAUGUCCACAGGACAGGACGGGACGGGAUGUCCACAGGACAGGACAGGCUGUCCGCCGUAGACAUGGCGUUAUUAUUAUUAUUUUUUUUUUUU